AUGCUUUCGAGCCUUGGGCGCUGCGAGCCGUUUCCACCGGCAGCACACGACAUCCGUACAGUGCGUGUUGACUUGUCAGCGUUCGCUGAGAAGGUCGAUCACGUCCGCGGAGGUUUCAAUCAAUUUGGCGAGGUCGCCCAUAUCAGCGCCUCGCAUGGCUAUGCCCUUGUCGAGUUCUACGACAUCCGAGCUGCACAGACUCUGCUGGCUGCCUCACAGGGCACAGCAGUUCCCUGGACACCUGAGCAGAACACCACCGCACCAGCCUUGCUGGCAUCGCUGGGAUCUGGCAAUUGGCCUCUUCCGAACUCGGUUCCACAAGGCCUCAUGGCAUACCAGAGCGAGAUCCUUUCGGAGGAAGCUGCAGAUACCACAGAUGCACAGACUCAAGACGCGGAGACAGCGAAGGGAGAGCGUGCGAACAAGCCUGUCAGGACCAAGGUUAGCACGAAGGAAUUUCAGAAGUACGACAUCGAUCCUGAUAGGAUCCAAAGGGGCGAGGAUUCUCGGACUACAGUGAUGAUCAGAAACCUUGUGGGAAUCAGCGCACGCAAGGAUUUUCUCAUGUUCUUGGAGAAGUGUGGUCUGUCAGACAGGUUUACCUUCUUCUACAUGCCUUGCAAGGAGCACCGCAAUGUUCCAGCAGGUUUCGCAUUUGUGAACUUCAUUUCGCCAAUUGAUGUGCACAAACUUGUUGUCAUGGUGAAGAGCGGAUUCUGGCGUGAAUUCAUGAAAGAGCCCACUGUCAAGGCCCCCGCGGUGAGCUAUGCACGCUUCCAGGGUCACGAGGAGCUUGUGAAGCACUUCAGCAGUUCCGCAGUCUUACACGAGCAGGACCCUGAGAAGCACCCAAUUUUCAGGCCUGAAGCGGCAGCCAAGGCGGCGAAGGAGAAAAAACUGGCAAGUUCAAAGAAGGACGAUAGCUCGAUGAAGCCACGAUCCAACACAGCCAACGCGGUCCCACACGCAGUCGGCUUGCAAAAUUCAAUGCCGCCUGGACUGGAGAGCUACAUGGGAACGACUGUUGCAGGUGAAGACAUGGCACAAGCUCCACUGUCGACUCUCCUUGGAUCUCAAGUCAAUGAGAUCACAGCUCUUCUGACCCGUCUGACAGACGCGGAGGCUUCCACAAAGAUUGCCGCCUCGCCACCCGCCUACUUGAAGUCGGCUUUUGCGCAGGGACAAAAUCAAGAAGCCCUCCAAUUCUUGUUGGCCAAGACGAUGCUGCAAGACAACGCCUGCUUCGCGCCGAAGCAGCAACUUGGAGCAAAUGGCGGAUGGGUGCAUAAGAUCGUUGUCAUUGCGCUGGCAGCGCGUCGGAAUCCGCCACCAAUGACAUCAGCCAACGCUCAGCUUCGCUACGGUGUGGCCAUCGGCCUGAAUUGGCCUAGGUUCCAGCUGCGCUGCGGUAUCCAAGAGUUCAUGAUCAAGCAAAUGCAUGCGGCUUUGGCUUUAGCCCUGACGGGAGCACAGGAAUCUGCAUCUACUGCCAUUAAACGGGCUUUGGAUGAGCUCGUAACGCUGCAGUUUCGGUUCAAUCCUGACCGCGAAAGGUUGCAACUGCCGACAGCUUUCAGGACGGUGCUCGGCUGCCAAAUCGACAGCAUGUGGGCGUCCAACCAGGCUCUGAAGGCUUCCGCCCCUGUGGCAGAAAGCAGUUCCACUUCGGCUCUUUCCAACACGGUCUGCAUCUGUGACCCUGAUGGACAGUGGCAGUCCGUGAGUGAAAAGCCCACCAAGGACCUGUCUGAGUUUGGCGAGAUCGCAAGGUUGGACACCAGCCUUGCAGUCAUUGCCCGGUGCGUUUUGGUCACCUACUUUGACAUUCGCUGCGCGCAGCGUUUGAUGCUCUCCUCACCUGGACGCUGUGAACCAUUCCCGCCGGCAGCGCACGAUGUCCGUACUGUGCGUGUCAACUUGUCUGCAUUCGCUGAGGAGGUUGACCACAUGCGCGGUGGCUUCAACCAGUUUGGAGAGGUUGCUCACAUCAGUGCAUCACAUGGACAUGCCAUUGUGGAAUUCUAUGACAUCCGCUCGGCGCAGAUGCUGUUGGCAGCUGCGUCUGGAAGCGCGAUGCCAUGGUCUCCUGAUCAAACAAAUUCUUCGUCUGCUAUGCUCGCAUCCAUGGGAGCAGGUCAGUGGCCUCUUGGAAAUGCAGAUGUUGGAGGUAUGCUGGGCUUCCAGAAUGUGAUGAAUGGUAUGGAGGGACAGAUUGGACAGGAGAUUGCAACUGUUGAGUCACCACAAGCCGAUGACAAGAAGGGUGAGCGCGGCAAUCGUCCGUUAAGGACAAAGGUCAGCACCAAAGAGUUCUCGAAAUACGACAUUGAUCCAGAGAGGAUCGAGCGCGGAGAAGACUCCCGCACUACCGUGAUGGUAAGAAAUGUUGCAGGGAACAACGCUCGCAAGGAGUUCCUGAAUCUCAUGGAAAAGUUUGGCCUUUCUGAUCGCUUCACCUUCUUCUACAUGCCUUGCAAGGAGCACCGGAACGUGCUGGCGGGCUUUGCCUUCGUGAACUUCAUCUCUCCACUUGACGUUCACAAACUCUUUGUUAUGGUGAAGAACGGAGCUUGGCGCGAGGUCAUGAGCAAGUCCCAGACCAAGGCACCUGGUGUGAGCUAUGCCCGGUUCCAGGGGCACGAGGAGUUGGUGGAGCACUUCAGCAGCUCCGCCGUUCUGCAUGAGCAGGAUCCAGAGAAGCGUCCAAUCUUCCGCCCAGACGCCGCAGCAAAGGCGGCCAAGGAGAAGCAGAAGAACGGAUCAAAGAAGGAGAGCAGUCCAUUGCCAAAAGUCUCAAAUGGAGCACCUGGCUUGAUGAACGGCAUGAACGGAAUGAACGGACAUGGCAAUGCGUGGAUGUCUCUCCUCACUUCUGAUGAACUCAAGGAGGCAUCUCAGAAGAUCAUGUCGACACCACCGGCGUACGUGAAGUCAUCCUUAAUGGAAGCGCCAGAGGACGCUAUGGACGCUGCUCCCCCACAGAUGGGGGCCUAAGCCACCCAUGAAAGCCGGGCUGUGGCACCCGGCACCGUCUGAGCAGUCGAUGGAACUGAUGGGGGGAUUGACACCCACCAGUAACAACCACAGUGUUGCCCAUCGGCAUUUUGGCAGGCAGGGCCUUUUGAGGCACUCGCAUUCAUUUUGUUGCGCAGCAUUCCGCGGUUCACUUGAAAGAAGGACCCGGUUUCACUGCAGCAGGCAUGCACUAGUUUAGGGGCUGC